AUGAUAGAGGCCAAUAAAAAUGGUGGUAAUGAAAAUAAUGAACCCAAUAAUGAUAAUAGUAAAUUAAAGAGAAAGAUUGAAGAAUCAAAUGAUACUAGUAAUAAUAAUAAUAAUGAUAUUAUUAAUAAUAAUAAUAAUGAUAAUAAUAGUAAUAACAAUCCAAAUGAAUUUGAACUUAAAGAAUUUAGUUCAUCAAAGAAAUUAGAAUUAUAUAAUGAUAAUGGUGACAACGAAGAAUUUAGUUUUGACUAUACUUAUAGUUAUAAUAUUAAUAAUGAUUUUAUCAAUAGAGGAGGAAUAAAUAAUACAAAUAGUAGUGGUAGUUUAUUAUCAUCUUCAGGUAAUUCAAUGAAUGAACCAAUAAUAUUGGAUAGUGAUGACGAUGAAUAUCUUAAUGGUAGUAGUCUUUCAAAUUCAAACACUUCACCACCAAUUGGAAUUAAUACACCAAUUCAAAAAUUAUCAUUCGAAUCUUCAAAUAAUACCAACAACAACAACAACAACAACAACAACAACAACAACAACAACAACAACAACAACAACAACAACAACAACAACAACAACAACAACAACAACAACAACAACAACAACAACAACAAUAAUAAUAAUAAUAAUAAUAAUAAAACUAAAUUUGGAUCACCACCAAUUCCAAUAUCAUUUUCACCAACACAAUCUUCACCAAUAUCUAUACCAAAUAAAAAUAAUAAUAAUAAUAAUUUAAACGAUAAUGAAAAUUAUUUACAACAAUCAAUUGGAGGUAUGACAACAGCAGCAAUGAAAACAUUAGAAUUAGAUCCAAAUCUUUCAAAUAGUUUAAAUGAAAAUAAUAAUCCAUAUGAUAUUGAUCCAGUUUUAAAGGAACAAUAUUUAAUUGAAGAGAUGAAAUUAGAGAAAGAAAAGAAAGAGAUGGAAUUAAAGGUGAGACCAGAGUUUGAUCAUUUAGUAUUUAUUAUUCAUGGUAUUGGUAGUCAAGUUUCAGAGAAUAGAGUUCAAACAUUGGAACAAAACGUUUGUCUAUUAAAGAAAAACUGUGAACAUUUUCAAAAGGAUUCAACAAAGAAAUUAAAUGUUGAUUUUCAAAUUGUUGAAUGGCAUUCAAAGUUGAGAAAUGACGAUUUCACUGAUAACCUCGAGAAAAUAUCACCAGUUGGUGUAAAGAAGAUUAGAGAUUUCAUUAACGAAACACUAUUGGACGUUCUAUUGUACAUGUCACCAUUGUAUCAUCAAGAGAUUCUAAAUGAAGUUUCACAGCAAAUAAAUGAUGGUUUUUUAAAGUUUAAAGAAUCUAAUCCAACUUUUAAUGGUUCCGUUUCAAUUUUCGCUCAUUCAUUAGGUACCGUUAUCACUUGGGAUAUCCUCUCAAAAGGUUUAAUAGAGUUUAGUGUUGAGAAUGUUUUUGCUUUUGGUUCUCCUUUGGGUAUGUUUUUAACAAUUCAAAAUACACCAUUGGGUAGUUUAAAAUUGUCAAAGAUUUUACCAUCCUGUUCGAAUUGGUUCAAUAUUUUCUCACCAACCGAUGCUGUUGCCUAUAGAAUUGAACCAUUCUUUAAUACGAAAUAUUUAGAAUAUGAUCCUUGUAUGAUUGAAGUUGAAGUUGAAAAAAAACCUUUAAAACAAAAGUUAUCAGGUUUAUUCUUUAAAUCUUCAUCAACAACUACUGUAUCAACAUCACCAACUAAUAGUAUAAAAAAUAAUAAUGAACAACAACAACCAGCAACAACAACAAGUGGUUCUAGUAGUACAACUACUAAUACUACAACUACAACAUCUUCUUUAUUUGCUUCAAAAAAUAAAGAAGAAAAAAAAACUACAACUACAACUACUACAACUACACAAGAAAAGCCUUCAAACAACAACAACAACAACAACAAUGGCCCCAAUGAUAAAGAGGAUAGUGAAACCAUUGAUAUCGAUAGUAGUAGUGGUAGUGAUGAUAAUGGUUCAGAAACUAAAGAAGUAAAGAGAAAGUCAUUCAAAGUCCAUCCAUUGGAACCAGAUUCACCAAGUUUAUUUAGUGAUGAAAUGGAUUAUAAAGCAGAUGAAUCCUUAAAAUAUAAAUUAUUAAAUACACUUUCAAAUGUACAUAAAUCAAUGUCCAAUGGUAAACACAAAAGAAAUGAUUCAUUUUUACCAUUACCUCAAUCUAAUAAUAAGAAUAAUAGUAAUAAUAAUAAUAAUAAUAAUAAUAACAAUAAUAAUCCUUAUACUACUAAUCAACCACCAUUAUCAUCAUCACCAACAUCAUCAACAACAACAACAACAACAACAACAGCAAAUAUAAUUAAACAAAUGAUUAAAGAAAGUUUUAUGUUAUCAAUAUCAAAUGAACCUGAUAUUGGAUUUGAUAAAGAAGAUCAAAGAUUCGAUUUCAAUAUUGAUGAUAGUGGUUCUACUUGGACAAGUGGAUUGCCAGGUGCUAACUAUAUCGCCUCUAUUUAUUCACAUAUUGGUUAUUGGGUCAGUAAACCUUGUGCACUUUUUAUUUUUAAAAAAUUGAUUCAUACCUCAAGUAAACUUAAACAAUCACCCUCAACUCAACAAAUGAAUGAUUAA